GCGUGGGAGCUCCGGCCCCGUGCGGCUCCCUCCAGGUGCCCCGCACCCUCCUUCCUUCCUUGCCCGGACGGACGCACUUCCGGCGGAUGUGGGUGGGGGCAACCCCGGAAACGGAAGUGAGCCGCGGGGUCGGCUGAUGGUAACGGGUCGAGAAGCUGUUCGCAGAGCGAGUUGAAGAUGAAUGCCAGAGGACUUGGAUCUCAGCUAAAGGACAGUAUUCCAGUUACUGAACUUUCAGCAAGUGGACCUUUUGAAAGUCAUGAUCUUCUUCGAAAAGGUUUUUCUUAUGUGAAAAAUGAACUUUUGCCCAGUCAUCCUCUUGAAUUAUCAGAAAAAAAUUUCCAGCUCAACCAAGAUAAAAUGAACUUUUCCACACUGAGAAACAUCCAGGGUCUAUUUGCUCCAUUAAAACUACAAAUGGAAUUCAAGGCAGUGCAGCAGGUUCAGCGUCUUCCAUUUCUUCCAAGCUCAAACCUUUCAUUGGAUAUUUUGAGGGGUAAUGAUGAGACUAUUGGAUUUGAAGAUAUUCUUAAUGACCCGUCACAAAGUGAACUAAUGGGAGAACCACAUUUGAUGGUUGAAUAUAAGCUCGGUUUAUUGUAAUGCAGUGUGCUGUUCAUGGAAAUAGAGGGGCUGCGUCUUGUUUAUAGUCGUUUUUUACUAUAAUUUGACGUGCACAACAUUAAAAUUACUGCCACGUGAGAAUUUUUGCCUAAAUAGUAUCUGUGACCAUUUGAAGUUAUUUGGGUCUUUGGUUUAUGUGAUAAUUGAAGGCACUAAAGGGAGAUGGUUUAAAAACUUGUAAUUUAUAUUAAAACAAUAGCCUUCUAUGUCUUUAAAAAAUGUUGCUAAUUAAUAUCAUAAAACUAUGCACAGGUUCCAAUUCAGCCUGUUUCCUAGUUAUUUCAUAAAUUUAAUUUUGAAUAACCAUUAUUGGUAUUUGAGCCUACAAACUUCAUAGUAGCAUCUUUCAGAAUAAACAUCUGUUCAGUGGCAGCAUUUCAAAGUAAGUACAAAAUAAGAGUUAUAUUUUACCUUGUUUCAGUAUAGUCCAUUAAUACUCAUAAGAAUAACAUUUGCUUUAUUGAUGCUACUUUAGAAUUAUAACUACAUUCUUUGAUUCUUUCAGGUUGAAAAGUAUAAGUUCAGAGGUUUUGAUUUUGGUCUUGUCUUUAAAGUGAAAAAUUAAACAAUCAGCAGAUGCCAAUUAAACGGUAGUACUGCAUAGAUUAAUAUAUCAUAAGAUGCUUAAAUUUAAAAAAGAAAAAGGAGCAUUCAUGUACACAUACAACUAUUCAUGAACAAAUUCCAUAAUAGUUUAUUUAAAAAUAAAUCUUCCCUAUGGUUGUUCUUUGUUAAUAAGGUAUUUUUAUAUGGACCUAGUGUACAAAAUUAAAGAUUAUCAAUUUCUCAGGA